AUGUUUAAGUCAGAGUCUCCCAGAGCCCCAACAGCUGUCGAAGCUCUCAUCGAAGGUGUGAGCUUUGAAACAACUGAUGAAACUCCCAGGAACCAUUCUGAACAACAGAGAAUGCUCUCAGACUGUGUGGUCAUGAGACAUCCAAACACCAGGCACUCCAAAGGCUUUGGGUUUGCCACGAAUGCCACUGUGGAGGAGGAGGAGGCAGCCAUGAAUGCAAGGCCACACAAGGAGUACAGAAGAGCUGUGGAACCAAAGAUGGCUGCCUCCCGAGAAGAUUCUCAAAAACAUGGUGUCCACUUAACUGUGAAGAAGAUUUUUGUUGGUGGCAUUAAAAAAGACACUGAAGAAUAUCACCUAAGAGAUGAUUUUGAACAGUAAG